AUGAAGAAGCGGACGAUAUCGAAACUCAAAUCACUGUUUGGUUCCAAGAAAGGUAAACGGCAAAAAAAUCAAGAACAGUCAGCGAAGUCGUCCCGUUCACCUUCUCCAGAGCCGGCGGGGGAAACCUCACUUUGCGAGUCAUAUAGGCCUCUGGUGAGGACUCCCCCGCCGAGUCAUGUUGCUCCACCGCCGUCGCCUCCAGUCCCAACAAAUCCUGUGGCACCCGUGGCCCCCGAACCUGCGGGACCUUUGCCCCUCAUGCCGUGUCCGGUGUGUGGUCGGACGUUUGUACCACUAUCAUUGGCCAAGCACGUGAAAAUUUGUGAAAAGAUGACGGUCAGGAAACGAAAAACAUUCGACUCGUCGAGACAGCGACGUGAAGGCACAGAUUUGGAACAGUACUUGCCAAAGAAUUUCGGUCUUCCAGAGAACAGCCCGUUCCUCGAGAAAAGUCCACCGCACACUGCCAAGGUGACACCGAAACCUAAGACGCAGUCUGUCCGGAGCGCUAUAACGAAGCCAAUGGCCGAGCUGCAGAAGUGUCCGCACUGCGCGCGCGCUUUCGGCGUGCGCGCGUUCGAGCGGCACGUGGAGUGGUGCGCGGAUAAGGCCAAGAUCCUGCCCGCGGCCGCCGCGCAGCCACCGCCGCACGUGGCCGACGCCAAGCAGCGCCUGCACGCGCGCACGCAGUACAAGGCGCCGCCCGUGCGCGCCAGGCGGUCAUCGCAAUCUCGAGAGAAGGCAUCCAACAGUCGGUCCACGUCGGUGGACUCGUCACGCGGCGUUUCGCCGCCGCGGGAGUUCGGCGACUACAAGCAGGGACGAACUCGGGCAUCAGAAUCUAUGUCGAGUAAUGACUGUCACGAGGAUGCUUCAAUGCACGUCCCAGUCAUAAGAAAUUCGAGAACAUCUCAAAACAAUUCAGGCGACGCCAACGUGAAAGCACGACAAGCUAGACUUGCUAGAGACCUCAGUAACACUAGAAACACCCAAGAUCCAAAGUUUUCCUCGAUCCAACAAAGUAGUACCGAUCCUAAUGUAUCCAAAGUUCUUCAAAGUAAACAUAAAAACAAAGUGAACUCUAAGAGAAAACAACAAUUGAAGAAACUUGAAGAAAUUGCAAAUAAAUAUAACAACAGGCAGGAACAGAUCAAAGAAGGAAAAGAUAAAUCACGUAACAGUAUUAAUAACAAUGUUGAAGGUAAAAGUAAUAUUCCAGUUCUAAACAAGACCGUCGUGAGUUCGAAAAACAAAACUAAAAUGGGGACUAUGGUAGGCAAAGCAGAAAAGACCAAGGAAGAACUAAAAUCACCUUCUUCACUUAAUAAAGCUAAAACAAAAGGACAUCCAGUAGCAGUAAAACAACAAAAUGAAAAUCCUGCUAAGUUCAGAAAACUAAAGUCCGUGACAAAAAACUCUACGACGAAAGAAAACACCAUGAGUCUUGAUAGCCUCGAUGGUGUUAAACAUAAUAAGAAUAACGCCAAAAAAUUUCAAUCAAUUGGUAUUAAUACAGAACUCCUUUGUCCUUGCGUACCAUGCGUAAUUUACGACUGUCCGGAACAGAAAAAAAUGGAAAAGCUAAAAACAAAAUCAAAAGUAAAGGAAAUAAGCACGAGCAUAAAUAAACACAAUUCUGUACCUUCAAUAGAACUUUUGUAUAAAAAUCCCAACAUAAUCAGUUCUAGUGAUUUGCAAAUCAAACAUAUUACAGAAACACAAUUAAAUAGUAUUGACAUUAAUAGUGAUAUUCAUUACGGUUCCUCUUCAAUUAAUUCAAGUUCGAGUAAUAGUUUUCCAAAUAAAACUCAUUAUGAUUGUGAAGAAACAAGCGCUAAAGAAGAAAACAGUAAAGUUAUUGAAGUGGAUGAUCAAGAACCACCCAAAGAAUUAUGUGAAGAAAAGUAUGAAGAAUUAAAUAAUCUAUCAGCCGAAGAAUAUGAAGAAAAUUAUGAACCCGACAUAAGUGCCGAAAUUUCUAAUGAUUCUAUUGAAAAUGAUGGUCAGCUCCAAAGUAAAGACAUAAGUCGACACGGUAGUGGAGAUACUUACACAAAAUUCUCCGAAUGUCCUGCCGACUUGGAAGAGUUUUAUAAUUUAACUGAUAAAAUUAUAACCACUAAAAUUAAAGAAAAAAAGCUCGAUACAGAUCUUGAUACGCUGCAUACACCUAACACAAAUUCUAUUGAAGUUUUAAACAAAAACGAUUCACGCUCUAAUUUUUCAGAUCUUGGUAAACAUCAGUUUUCCGACACGCUAGAAGAAUUAAAAAGUGACUUUAAAGAAAUACUAAAAGAAACUGAUAGUGCUAAUGCUGAUUAUGAUUUAGCAUCUAAAAAUAUUAAGACUGUACGUAAUAUGGAACAUAUAAGUGUUUUUGAAGUAAAUUUUUGUGAAAAAGGACCUGAUGAAAACACUCAACAUUUGAACGAAGCUCAAAGUGAAUUUAAACUGCCAUCAAUAACGGAAACAAAUAAUAUGAUGAAAAGAGAUGAAAGUUUAAGAAAUACACUGACAAGGGCUAAAAUAAGUAGAAAAUAUAAUUUUAAUAAACAAAGUCGUAACAAUACUGAGUACAAAACUUUUAUUGUUCGAUAUAAUCAAGAUGACAACAGUGACGUCCACUCUGUUUCUUCAGAAGCACCACCAUUGAAACUGCCGAGAAUAGAAGUUAAAAGGCUUGAUGACAAUUACGAUCCUUUCGCGUCUGCCGCUAGGCAAAUGAAAGAGCUUAUGUCCUCUGAGACCAAUAUUCCUAAAAAAAUUCAAACUAUUCCCAAAGACUCAAAUAGAACCCUUCCAUCCUUACGCCCAACUAAGGAAAAGACAUCACCAUCGCAUCUUACAAACAAUACAAAAAUGAUGAAAGACACACUAAAUAAGACCUAUCAGAAAACACCAACCUUACAAAGAAUGAAAUCUUUCGGUAGCACUAAUAGUGAAAAUAACAAUUCAUUUGGUGGUAGGUGUAGUUCGUUUAGAAUAAACAGAAAUGAUAAAAAAUCUAGUCAAAAGUUGAACACAACUUUCACUAAAUCUAGUAAGGAAAACAUAAGUUCUACGGAAAAACCCAAUUUCACUCGUAAUAGUAAUUUGAAUAGAUCUUUCUCAAAUUUUUCGUACAUUUACAGUACACCUAAAUUAAAAGAUAAAAGUCCCAAAAUAGCUCCAUCUAUGUAUCAUAGUUUUCAACGUACAACAAUAAAACAACCUUUAAAACUUGAUAAGAUAAAAAACGACGAGGAUAGGAAAAAUUUUGUCAACCUUGAUUCUAUUCUUUCCUACGAUAACGCCUCCAUGACUGACAGUAAUUACAUAGACCCUAGAUUAAUUAAUGAAAAUGACAACUUACCUAUCAACGUUAACACUAUAUUGAAUAACCCUGAUAUAAUAAGUAGUAUGGAGUCGUUGCUCACUACCGAAAAUCUACCGGCGAAAUUCGAAUCAUUUAACGUUAAUAAUAAAAACAUUAAAAAUUCCUUAGCACGAACUGAUAUAGUAACUAAUUACAACAACACUAAUAAAAGUAAUGUCACGUCCAUGAAUGAGUUAAAUUCUCAAUAUGACAAAUUUAUGUCUUCUUUAGAGCAAAGUAUAACAUCUAAAACAUCGAGAGAUGAUGAAUCUCUUUGUGAAGAUUUUGAUCUCGAAGAAUUCAUGACUUCUUUCGACGAAGAAGUGACUAAACAAAAAAUCGAGAAUAAACGUACAUACAGCUCCACCACUAGAAUAGUAACGCAAUCCGAAAUAUUCGACACGCACAAAAGUUCCGACAUUAAUGGUAACAGUGACCCUGCGAAAGCUUUAAAUAAUAAUAAUGGUAUGAUACCGGUGAAUAAAUCAAUGUCUCUUGUUUUUAGCAGUAACAAUGUUAAGGGCGAAAACCUUUUCCCGUCUUCCGUUAAACGUUCCACAUCCCUCCUUGAUUCCAUUCAGAAGAAAAACACACUGAAAGCGGACACAACGAAGAACCGCCUCAAAGCUGACCAACUUGAACAGGACAUAAUGCAGUCUCUCAAGGACUUCGACAAAUUUUACGAGUCUGAACGAAUAGAGAAUGACCAGUCUAACAAAGAAAUUGUUAAUUGUGCUAAAAAUAUAUAUAAUACAACUAAAAAAGAAUCCAGAACGAAAACCGAAAGGAAAAAACAAACAAAUAAUAAAAACGAACACAUGUCAAAUGGCCAAUUUACACCUAAUGGAAAGCCGUGCAACGAUUCAGCUUAUAGCAGGUUAGUCAGCCUGAACAGAAUAUCACCUUCAAAACUAUCGCUAUGUAACUCCAAAGAGUCAAACGGCUUAGUACCCUUAGCACAAGCACACGCCGGCACGGACACGAUUUCGAGUCACAAAGACGAAAUCAGGUCUAUCUCCAGCGAAGAGUUCCUAGCGAUGGAGCGCUCAGCUGAACUGAACGAGUCAUUGCCUAGAGUUGAUGCACAACACAAAGAUUUAGGCAGCAGUCACACAAUAAACGAAAAACGUGCCAGUUCCCGAGCGUCGUCCCAGCGCAGCCCCACGUGGCGAUCGCGCCAAGACCUCAGCUCCAGCAGCUCGGAGAGUUCCCUGCACAGGGCGAAGGAAACCAGCCCGCAGCCGCGACUCUCGCGCUUCUGCCACGAGUGCGGCAACAAGUUCCCCGUCGACACUGCCAAGUUUUGUAUCGAGUGCGGUGUGAAGAGAUUGGUCGUGUAG